UUGUGGCGAUUCCGCAAAGCGUCCGAUGUACCUCGUCGAUGGCCGCCACCGAACCCAAAGCUUUUGCUCAAAGACUUUAAGAUUCUCCUCCACCGUCGCGACAUGGCGCUUGCCCGCCUCUGUUCGUCCUCCGCUGAGGCCAAUAUCGAUGUCCCGAAUCGUGCUAAUACUAUUUCAAUUCAUGGAGAUAACAAGGUGAAUAAAAUCGAUGACGAUAAUCAUGCGAACAAUCACUGUUCUAAACCAUAUUUGCUACCGGAGGGGAAUUUAAAGGAAGAGGUGAAUGAGUCUCCAAUGGCGACCCUAUCCAUUCCCAAAAUUUUCUCUCUCUUCACCCCAUCGAAACAGCCGCCCCCGCGGUCGCAAAUUUCUCGACGGUCCCUCGUGUCCGCCGCCGCGACCGACCAACCCGAUUGGUCUCCCCUCGUCCUUUCCGAUGAAUCCCAGUCGUCGGUUUCCAGUUCGUCCGACGUCAUGCGCGUGGUGUGCCCCUCGCUCGCCAACGCGAACAUAUACUUCAGGUCACAACCAUACAAUGUCGAGGUGAUCGUCGGCGAUGACGAGAACGAUGACUGGGUCGAACGGUUCAUGAGGGAGGUCGCGCGAGCUGGCGUCCUCCAGGAGGUGAGGCGCCGCAGGUAUUUCGAGUCAACCCAGGAGAAGAAGAAGCGCAAGUCUCGCGAGGCCGCCAACCGCAACCGCCGAAGACGAACUCAGGCUAAGGCUAGACCACCGCCGUUUGAAUGGCCAGAGGAUUUGAAUGAGAUAAGGGAUGAUUUCUCGGAUGACGAUGAUAAUUGGGAACCCUAUGAAGGAGAGCUUCCCUACUGUUAAUUAACAACCAUCGUGUAUUUUAUUGUCCAUUUCGGUUGAAUAAUGCUACUGUUUAUUUAUUUUGUGUUGUCUUUGAAGUGUGUUGAUAUAAGUUUGAGACUUUCAUGGGAUUUCGUUGAGAUUGUACUGAUGACAUCAAUUUGGAAUUUUCACGUUAGUUGCAACAUUUUGGAAGGUGGGUUGAUUGUGUUUUUUUGGCUGAUUAAGCAUGUUCUAUGGUUAGAACUUUUUGUUUUUUUUUUUCACCAAAAUGUAAUUAAUUGAGAAUAUUUUGAAUCAACAAAAAAUACAAGGACUACAAUAGUUUAG